AAUCAGCACCCAGCGCUCAGGUGACAGCGGCCCUCCCCACGCCCUCCGAGUCCUCCUCUUUCCAGGACCCACACCUGGACGUGGGAACGCUAAAGCACAAGCCGACCUGCGCUGCUCCCCAGGACGGCCGGAAAGCCCAAGGGCAGGCUCGGGCUAGGAAUCCCGCGGGUUGGGAGGAGGCCGCGGGGACCCUACGUUCACCUCCUGGACGCCCCCACCCCCGGCGCACGCCCACCUCCCAGCCCCUCUCCCCAACUUCAGCCCUCUGCCCUGCCAGCCCGCUCCGCGCUCCGCUGCCCUAGCCCCCCACAGCCGGCCCGCCUCCUCCCGACCCCCUUACCUUUCCGUUCUUGGGGCUGCCGUUAAGGAACAGGGUCACCCGCCUCAUCGCGCUGCCCCCACUGGGUCCUGAGUGAGUCGCCACCCUCCCACCUGGCUCUCCUCCCACCUUCUUCUUCUCCCGCCCUACCCCUCCCUCCACCCACUCGGACUCUCCUCCCUUCGCCACCUUCCUUCUCUUACGGAGACACACUCGCAAGCACUCUCGGUCACACACCCCAGGGUUGGCCGGUCCUCCUUCCCACCCCGCCCCUGGGCUCCUCAGUCAGCCUGGGACCCUUCCCCCACCUUUCCCAGACUGACUCUAAGCUCCACCAAUCGGGAGGCAGCGCCGGCCAGAACUCAACCAAUCAUCGCCCUUCAUUGGGUGGGCUCAUACUAACCCAGCCCAGGUGGAGGGAGGGAAGAGAGGUUGCAGUCUGGCAGACGGGAAGGGUUAUCAGCCAAUCAGCUGAACCUGAAGCCGAACGGCGGCUCAAAGCGUUACUGAGCAGGCGCAAACCCAACACCAGGUAGAGCUCAUCUGCAUAGGGAGGCGGGGUUUGAAGGAAAGAGGUGGAGCACUAGCAGGGACCCAUCCAAGUAGCACCACCCCCCCCUCAACUCGCUCAAACCACGGGCGAAACGGCUGGCGUCGGGACUGAGUGAUUGGGUAAGGGCCGCCCGUCCUUCUGCCAGGAUUGGUCCAACGAUUCUUUUCGAAGUUUGCAGUAUCCAAUUGGAAAAUGGGGGGCGGAGCCAGCACUAACCGAGGGGUUCCUCCGCGAGACGCUCACGCGAUGUAGUCCCUGCGGAUACAGGUUAGGCGCCGGUGUCUCUCGUCGAUGCGUCACUCGCGGCUAGUGGUGGCUUCUCUCCAGCUCACGAAGCCGCUCUUGGUCCUGGGACGGCGAGGAAGAGGCCUGGCAGAUCCAGAUGGAUACCAACUCAAAAGACAGCGAACCUCUUGAAAUCAACGAGUCUGCUAUUCCUGGUGCUGAAAGUACCUCUUUAAUUUUGGGAAAUGGGAAGCUUGUAACUCCUCACAAGCAUGCGCCUGAAGGGACUCCUAAUGGUUGCACACCAGAUACUUUUAAGUCACCCUUGGACUUUUCCACAGUAACAGUAGAGCAGCUGGGAAUUACACCUGAAAGCUUUGUAAAGAACUCUUCAGGAAAGUCACCAUCCUCCCUGAAAAAAUCGAGACGACGCUCUACAAUUGGUGCUCGGGGCUCCCCUGAAACAAACCAUCUUAUUCGUUUCAUUGCUCAGCAGCGGAAUUUAAAGAACGUGGAGAAAUCUUUGACACAGAAUUCCCCUUUUCUGGGCAGUCCUGUACUGCAUCGAAAUGUUAAUUCUUUAAGAGAGCGAAUGUCUGCCUUCCAGUCAGCUUUUCACUGCAUAAAGGAGAAUGAAAAAAUGACUGACUUUCCCGAAGUCUCAGAGGCAGAAGGAGAAGUCACGACAACAGGCUUGACCAAAAAGGAAAGGCUUGGGCAGUGUCCACAGUUUGAGUUCUCUGCAGAUUUAUCUUCCAAACGUCGAAGGAUAUCCUCUCAGAGCAACUCUGAUGAAAAUCUCCCUGACGCAGUUGAUCUCCAGAUAUCCUGUAGAGCCCCUUCUCCUAAUACAGGCACAAUGUGUGCUGUUGAAACUUCUCCUGCAGAUUUUUCUGAGAAAUCUUUUGAAUCUGGUUUAACGCAGUCUGGAUAUUUGGUUGAAGAGUCUGUUUCACUUUCAGAUCUCACAGAAGCUUCAAGUGAUACCUCUGACUCCAGCAGUAAAAUUGGUCCUCAGUCGUUGUUCAACUCAGGAGUCAAGGUUGCUGAGUGUGUAGAGGGUGAAAGAUCAAGUGUUGCUGUUUCCCUUGACAACUUGACGGAAGUGAGCACAGACACCACUCCUGAAGGCAGGUCACUGGUCACUCCACUCUGCAAGAGGGACGUUGCAUCCUCUGAGACCUUCGUACUUCGUUCGGUGCUAAAGAAACCCUCUGUUAACCUGUUUCUAGAAAGCCUGCAGGAACACUGUGACAAUCUCUGUGAUGACGGGACUCAUCCGAGCUUAAUCUCAAAUCUUGCAAACUAUUGCAAAGAACAAACAACAGAAGGUCAAGAAAAUUGUAAAGUGCCAGCCUUUCUAAAUGUCAGGAAGAGGAAGAGAGUUACUUUUGGAGAGGACCUAAGCCCUGAGGUGUUUGAUGAGUCUUUGCCAGCAAAUACUCCGUUGCGUAAAGGAGGAACACCCGUUCGCAAAAAGGAUUUGAGUAAUGGCAGUCCCCUGCCACUCGAGCAAUCACCAGUUCCUGCACAGUUAUCACAACCAGAUUUUGAUGACAAGGGGGAGAAUCUUGAAAACAUAGAACCUCUUCAGGUGUCAUUUGCCGUUCUGAGUCCUCUUAAUAAGUCUUCAAUCUCUGAGACUCUUUCAGGCAUUGAUACCUUUAGUUCUUCAAAUAACCAUGAGAAAACAGCCUCCCAUAAAGUUGGUAGAAUAACACGGGCCUCUAACCGAAGAAGUCAAUUGAUCACUUUUGCAGAAGAGGAGGUUUGCAACUUACUUCAUACAGAAGCUCAGCCCUGUAAAGAAAAGAAAAUUAAUAGGAGGAAAUCUCAGGAAAGCAAGCACACAGAAAGAGUGCGUCCUAAAAAGAACCAAGCUAUAAAAAGUUGCAGAAAGAAGAAAGCAAAGGGAAAGAAAAGUAUUCAAAAGUCUUUAUAUGGGGAAAGAGACAUCGCUUCCAAGAAGCCGCUCCUAAGUCCUAUUCCCGAGCUGCCUGAGGUCUCGGAGAUGACGCCUUCCGCCCCAGGCGCCGGAACGAUGCAUUCAGAUGAUUUCGACUCCAGUGGUGAACUUCAAGCAGCAAAGCUUCCUCAAAGGAAGCCUCAGAAGCCAGAUUUGCAGAUGAGUCAAGGUUUUAAUAAGUACGAUCUGUCUGCACUCUGCAGCUCUCACACCAAACGUUCCUCGCCGCUUAUUAACGCUACUUUAGAGCAAGAUUUAGAUAUAAAUACCGUAGAAGCUAGUAAACAUAAAACUCUUCCAAGAGCGGAAAUUAAGUCAGAAAGUGAAAAUGACCUGAAAGCUGGCUCUGAGAAUGAGAGCAGUCCUGUUUCCUGUGAUUCUGUGACCGCAAAGGUCCCGGCAUCCGAUGAUGCGGGAUCCAGUAUUAUCCUGCCGUCCCGGGAAUUGGCUGCCGCUGGCCAAAAUGUGGAAAAUCUUUUAGAGAUCUUUAAAAUUUCAGAAGAUGUGAACAUAAAGUAUGAAAAGCAGGAUGACUCUGUUAUAGCUCCAGAAGGGAAACCGCCGACCACACGUGUAAUGACUGGCUUACAAAAAGACGUCUUCCUUGACAACAUGAAAGAAAGUACAAAUCCGAGCGAGGGUUCGGGAAGCAGCUGCGCAGAGAGUGAAAGCACUGGUACGAACGGGGGAGGAAAGAAGCAUAGAAGACGCUCUAUGUGUUACUCUGGCGGCCAGAGUUUCGAUUCGGAAAAAAACGGAAAUCCCAAACCUCCCUACCUGGUGAGCAGCCCUGUAGAAAUUGGUUUAGAAAAUUCUGAACUCUAUAAAGAUUUAUCUGACUCCAUAGAGCAGACCUUUCAGAGAACGAGUAGGGAAACAAAAGUAAGACGGAGCACCAGGCUGCAGAAGGAUCUGGAAGAGGAAGGGCUCGUCUGGAUCUCACUUCCAUUUCCUUCCGCUUCCUGCACUUCCCAAAGAAUGAAAAGGAGAACAAUAUGCACAGUGGACAGCACAGGCCUUGAAAGCGUGGCCCUCUGUAAAGACCCCAGGUCUUCUGGACACACCCCGAGCACGGCACCCGCCGUGUCGGGUAAAGACAGGGAGGGCUUGGCCGCCAGUGCGGCCAGUUUACCUGGGAGGAGGAGGAAGAGCUUGUGGACGUCCGCACCCGUGAACGCAAAAGGUCCCAUUCUGGCAAAAUGCUGCAAGAGAAGAAGCUCUCUCCCCCAGAGCGGAGAGAGCUCUCUGAGGGACGUCCAAGGAGUCGGGCACGUCGGGAACUAAAGCGGUAACUGGCAUUUCCUGAAGAACGUUCGGGGCCGCAGAGAAGGUAAACCACCCCCCCACCCCAUGCUCAGAACAUUUCUUUCACCCCGCCUCUCCUCCCCUGUUCAGAGUUUCAAAUAAAAUCAUUUGACUUGAACCUCUCUGUAAGUAGGAGUAAGUGGGAUUUCUUCAUUCAAAAAGAAGACAUUCUCUUAAAUCUGUUCUUCUCUCCCCAAAUAGCACGUUUGCUGAAGGUUUCUCGCUAGUACGUGUUGACUGUUUCCGUUGGGAAACAAAAUUUGUCUCUUGAAAUUGACUCAUUGUGUCUAGAUGAGAAGACCUGAAAAAACAGAUUGAUAAAUGGAAUUUUAUGAAAAUUGAAAGGUGAUACAAGGUUAAAAACUGCCAGGAAAUGAGAAAAGAUGUGUUUUUAAAAUGUUGCAGAAAAAGCUGGUUAAAAAUCUUUAUCCAUUAGGGAAGAUGGAAAUCAUAAGACUUUUUUGUUGGUUUAAAAUUAAGAAGCUUUAAUGACUUGCUUCGUCUAUCUCAAAUGAAUAUUUUUAUAUUAAUAGGUUAAAAUCAAAAUUGGAAAAUUCAUAUAGUAACCGGAAUAUUACAAGUCAAACAUUAUAAACUGAAUUUAUAGUCUAUAAAUAACUAAGGUGAAAAUAUUUUGUCUUUCAAACAAGAUUCUUCCAUGCCCUGUGGGGCCGGAGGUGCAGGAUUGGUUUUGGGGGAGAAUAGAGCAGUAUAGUUGAAUCAUCCUCCCGAUCAUUCCAAUUAGUCACAUUUAGGAUUUAUUCCAAGAAAUCCCAAAUUAGUAAUUUGGUAUUUAAUUCAUGCUUCUCCAUUAAAAAAAAAAUUUUUUUUUUUUUUUAAGUCUAGAAAUUUCCUACGAAAGGGCCUUGGAAAAUUUGUUUACUAACAUGAAGCAUGGUGGUAGGUGGCCGAUUCUUUUUUAACGUGGUGUUUUGCCAGCAGUUUUCUGCAUUUCACGAUGUCGAGUACCAUCCCUGGUCUCGGAUUCUCCAGUUAUAUUUCAGCAGUAUCCUCCGCUGUUUUGAUGACAGCAGUUUGAAAAUCUAAAUUGCUAUAUAUCUGGAAUUUGGGAGUGCGCGUAAAUCAUUGUAUCGUUAAACAAUUGUCUUUGAAAUCCUCUAAAUCAUUAAACUCUCCCUCUCCAUGAUAGCAGAAACAUGUUAACAAAUAGAGCGCUCUAUAAAUAACACAACAGGGAAGAAAGCUCCCGCUGAGUGCCCAUUUCCCCUGCCUUAGAUACAGACUAUUUGUUACCUUCUUGGCACCAAUAGGUCUGGAACUCCUGCUGCUAAAGACUAAAUGUAUUUUACAUUAACACUCAAAGUGAUCCCCAAUUUCUUCUGCUAAAGGGUGGAUUGUUUAAAAAAUUCUUUUAUCUUUACACAUAAAUUAUUUAUAGGCUUUCCCCUCUCCCCCCCCCCCCCCAUUAUAGUUUGGUAUGGUUGGCAAAUCUCUACCAGUGAAAACAAACCAAAAAAUACGAAAACAAAAACAAAAAAUCUGCUUACUACUUAUGAAGCUUUUCGGUCUUGGUAAUUUAAAAAGAAAAAAAAAACUUUCAGAACCAUACGAUGUGAAGGGUUUUUAAAAACUUGUUCUCCUUUGUCGAAUGUGAAGGCUAUAAAACUACUGAUUGUUAUUUUCUCCUUUUUACUUCAGGUAUGAUCUCUGUUGUAUUUGAAUUUGAAGAAUUUCACAUGCUUUGUUUUAUUUCUCAAAAUGUGCUAAUGAUCUGUGGCGGGUUUUGGCUUGAGUUUUCAAAUGUAAAAUUCUUGUUUUGUAGCAUCUCCAUUUAAAAAUCUACAUACUUUACAAGUUUUGUGGGUUUCAGAAUGUUUCAGCGUAACUGUCUUGUUGAUAUUUGUAAAUAACAAAGAGGAAGUUUUCCUAAAAAAGAAGAGGUCUGAGAAACCAAAGCCAUUUGGACUGAUUUUAUCCACUGUCUCAUUUGUAGCCUACGUUUUGUGAGGAGUUAAUCAUUUCAAAUUAAGUAUUUGUUCCUGCUUGCUUGUUUUUAGCUAUUUCUUUCAUUAAUGGCUAAAUCAGAAACAGGGCUUCAGUAGUUUGUCCUUGCCUUGUCUUUUACUGCAGUAACCCUUGACAUUUUGGCUUAAAAAGUCCGUGAAUCUUUCCCUGCUGCUGUAGAUCCUUGUUCGUUCCAGAAGAUGGCAGCAUGACAUCUGGAUACAUUACCUUUAAAGCCCAGGCAGCCCUUCAUUGUUGUUGCGGGUGUUUCUCUUUAACUGUUAUUUUCACUCAUUCUUAUCACGCGAGUACUAUGUGUCUAGUGAAGAAAGUAGAGAACUGUACGCAAUUAAAUACUGUUCAUUCCCCUGGUGCAAGCAUCCUACAGCCACGCCUUCCUCUUCCCAGCUUUCUGUGUAAACACCCUUAACAACUGGCCCUUAAGUCUUCCAGAUCUUUGCCUGUGUAAACACGAGUAUAGGUUUUGUUGUUUUCCGAUGGGCUCGCUGUACUGUGCCAUUCUGCAGCUGAAUUUUUGUAUUCAACAAAAUACCCAGUACACUUCGGUGUUAGCACGGAGAUCCUUAGCUCUCCUUCAGUUGUAUCUUCUGAAUAUCUAGUAUUUAGUUAGCCGUCUGCUUCCUAAAGGAUGCUAGUUGUCUCCACUUUAUUGUUACUGAAAAUAAUGCCACAGUGGGCUUGUGUGAAAACGUCCGUAAGGUAAAUUCCUUGAAAUUAAAACUAAAUGGGCAUCAAGUUACGUUCUGUAGUUCAUACCUGAUAAAGUCCUUUCAUGAGGAUUUUGGCAUCAACCCUUACCUUCUGUUAGACUCUUCUCCUGACACUUUAGUGCCACUUUGCUUCCAUUUUCUCUCACUGCCCCCACUGGCACGUAAGCUGUGGCAUUGAGGGUGAGGAAUGCCUCAUUCAUGCUUCAGAUUGAAAGAACUUUUUUUUUUUAUGUUUAUUUUAUUUUUGAGAGAGAGAGAGAAGGGCAGAGAGAGAAGGAGACACAGAAUCGGAAGCAGGCUCUAGGCUCUGAGCCAUCAGCACAGAGCCCGACGCGGGGCUGCAACCCACGAACUGUGAGAUCAUGACCUGAGCCGAAGUCAGACGCUUAACCAACUGGGCUACCCAGGCACCCCGAAGGAAUUUUUUUUGAAGUCCGGUUUAUUGAAGUGUAAUUAACUGUAGUAAACUGCAGUGAAGCUUACCUUUUUUAAAUGCACAGUUUGAAUGUUGGCAAAUUCAUGCUGUCAUAUAACCGCUACCAGAGUUAAGUAACGGUACACUUCCAUCACCCAAGAAGACUUCCUCUUACCUCUUUGUGGUCAGUCCUCCUCCCUCAACCCCUUAUCGGAUUUCUGUCCUUUGUCUAGUUUUGCUUUUUCCACACUGUCCUAUAAAUAGAUAGAAGAGUUCUCUCCUUUUGGAUCUGUCCUUUUGGAAAUUUAGCAGAAUGCUUUAGAUGUUCAUCCAUGUUUGAUGUCCUAAGUACUUGAUUCCUGUUUAUUGCUAAGUAGUAUUGUUUAAUGGAUGUACCGAGGUUCUUUACUCAUUCACCAGUCAAUGGGUAUUUGCAUUGUUUGGUUUUAGACUAUUACAAAUAAAGCUGCUAUAAACAUUCA